AUGGCCGCCAAAUUGGAGAAGGAACUCCAAGAAUUUAUUCAGUAUCGCAAUGCCUACUUCCUGGCUUUCUCAGCGGCAACAGGAUUCCUUUCCUUUGGCUGGGAGGGCGGUAUGAUGGGCGGUAUUCUUGCGUUACCAUCAUUUCAAAAAUAUUUUGGUUUGCUCUCGGAAUCAGCUUCUGUGCGCGCCACCUUGAGCGGAAAUAUUGCUGCGACCACGCUAGCAGGAGCCUUGUUUGGGUCAUUAUCUUCAAGCUACUUUUCAAGCCGAUUUGGGCGGAAGCCCACCCUGUUAGCUUCAGCAGUUAUCUCCAUCGUUGGAAGCACCAUUCAGGCAACAGUCGGAAUCGGAAUGUCCCCACAUGUCAGAUUGCAAGUCUUGUACUUCUCUCGUGUCUUCUGUGGUGUUGGUAUUGGUUCAGCAGCAGCUGUGAUAUCGACAUACAUACCCGAAUGUGCCCCGAGAACCAUACGGGGUCGAUGUCAGGGCAGCAUAGCAGUUGCAGCCGCACUUGGAAAUAUGCUGGCUUAUUGGGUCAACUACAGCGCUUUGCUCAACAUCUCACCAGGGCAAAUGCAGUGGCGCUUGCCAUUCAUUGCCCACAUUAUACCUGGGGCGCUCUUCCUGUUUCUUAUGCUUUUCCAACCCGAGUCUCCCCGUUGGCUUGUCGAACGUGGCCGCUAUGAGGAAGCAGCUGCAGUCCUCGCAUAUAUUGCAAGGAAGGAUCCGUCUGACGAUGCUGUCGUGCUGACUCUCAGCGAGAUCCGUGCCGAUUUCGUCGGGAGGCACAAUCUUUCGCUGCUCGCACAAAUCCGUAAGAUGGGAGAAUCGAAAACCAUAGCUUUGCGUUGCAUCAUCCCUUCUCUCGCCAUCUUAUUCCAGCAGUGGUGCGGCUCGUUCGCGAUUAAUUUCUACACCCCUCAAAUAUUCGCCAGCCUCGGUUUAUCACCCACCCUCACGCUAUUUACUACCGGCAUAUUGGGUGUCGUAAAAUUCAUCGUCGUAUGCAUAACCUUUACCUUCAUCAUCGACAACUGGGGUCGGAAGAAACCCCUUAUAUAUGGUGGCAUAGCGCAGGGCUUGAUGAUGCUUUGGAUUGGUGGCUACGCUGGUGCCCACCACGACCAGCGCGUUGUGCCAGCAACGUACAUUUCUGUUGUCGCCAUAUUUCUCUACAGCAUCUCCUUUGGCUUAGGCUGGGGACUCGCUCCCCAUGUCCUCAGCUCUGAAGUCGCCCCAGGCCAUCUCCGUACAGUCGUCAUGUCCCUUGCAUCUGCAAUAAACUGGCUGUUCGCAUAUGUCCUCGCCGACAUCACGCCCAUCAUGCUCGAACGCAUAACCUAUGGAACGUACCUCGUGUUUGGCGUCAUUUCAUUUAUAAUGGCGGCAUGGGUGUAUGUCUUCAUACCCGAGACGAAUGGGUACCCGCUGGAAGAUAUUAAAUAUCUGUUCGAGAAGGACAUCAUUGUUCGCUCGCUAGAAGAUGCACCUGGGGGUUGGAUUUUCCUUGGGAAGCGUCGCGCCACCACCGUGCACGAACUGAAAGCCAUGAAUGCAUGUUCAACAGAUAGUUCUAAGGAGGUUUGGAAGGAGUUUAUGUCGCAUUCGCGCGAGGAGUCAGCGCAGGGCCAUUCGCUGAGUUCACAGAAGCCGGAUGACCACAUCAUAUGA